AUGGUGACUGGCGAUGAAAAAUGGGUCACAUACGAGAACAACAGGCGAAAUAGAUCGUGGUCCAAGCGUGGUGAGCCGGUCCAAACGAUCGCCAAGCCCGGAUUAACGGCCAAGAAGGUUUUACUGGACCUGAAGAAGAUUGAAACAGGCGAUCGACGAGAAGCAGCCAGAAUUGGCCAAAGGAAGGGUGUUGUGUUCUAUCAAGACAAUGCCAGGCCGCACACAUCUUUGACGACGCGCCAGAAGCUCCGAGAGCUUGGAUGGGAGGUUAUAUCGCACCCGCCGUAUAGCCCAGACCUGGCUCCAAGCGAUUAUUACCUUUUUAAGCAUUUGCAAAAUUUUCUUGAUGGUACAAAACUGGCCUCAAGAGAAGCUUGUGAAAAUGAGCUGGUCAAGUUUUUUACCAAUAGGGACGAUGACUUCUUCAAUCGCGGAAUUAUGAAAUUGCCUUCAAAAUGGACAAAAGUUAUCGAACAAAACGGCGCAUAUUUGAUCUAA